GUCGGAACUCGCGAGGGGAAGAAGAGCUUGAGCGGAUCUGAAACUGGAUCAACGGUUUCAGACAGUGGUGUCAAUGGAAGAGGGAAUUGAGUUUACAGAUCUGAAAGUUUGACGAUUGAUGCGACUGUUUCGCUCCAACCAGAUAGCAUAGAUGGUGCAUUGCCAAGCGAUGGGCACCAGUUUCUUCUUCGAUUUUGAUCCCUGCAAGAGAUGCAAAUCCGUCAGUGUCUGCUCUCAAAGUCUAGAUGGCAUGAUUUCGCAUCUAGAACUAAUCUUUCUCCAAAUUGACCAACUAAUUGGACAAUCAAACAGUAGAUGGUCACGAGUUUCAGCGGGGCAAUUGCAGAGAACACACUGAUGGUCGACAGAGAGCCCCCAGCCAAUGAUUCUGUUCCUUGUAGGGCAUCGAUUGAGCCAACACAGAAAACUAUGUUUAGGGAUUCCUCCGGCAUUCCAGACAAUCGAUUUCCACGAGACAAGAGAAGUCUGAUGCUUAAAUGGAACUAUUAUCACCAAGAGACGUUGGAUUAUCUAAAGACAGCUGUGAUGAUCACGAAGAAGCUUUGUGAUCGAGUUAAUUUGGUACAAGCGUUAAUCAAAUGGUUGGAGGAAGAGUCAUCCAGCAAAUUCUGAGGAAGCUUCACGCCCAACCUGUUGUGAGACUCCUUUAGUCUUAAUCUUUUCUUUCUUAUGUUAUUCUAUUUUGAUUUGUGUUUGGGAUUUCUUUCACUCCUUAUGUAUAACUAGGUAUUUACCUGCGCUAUGCUGCGGGAUAUUUUUCUAAAUUUUUAUAUAUUUUUAAUAUAUUAAAAUUAUUUUAUAAUAUAAAUAAAUAAAUUUUUAUUAUCUUAAGCUAUGUAUUUAUAUGUUUUAAAUCUGAAUAAAUAUUAUAUAUCCUUUUUAUUUUUUAAAAUUAUAUUUUGAUACCAAAUUUGUUUAACUAACUAUAAAUGUAUAUAUAAAAAUAAAAUAAUACACUUUUAAGUACCUUCAUCCCAAUAGCAAAUAUAAUCUAUUUUCUCCACUAAAUUGUCACUUGAUCCUCAUUUAUAAUUAUAUAAAGCAAAAUGUCGU